AUGGCCGUUUAUUAUUUCAAACAGACUGCACAACGAGUGGUCACCUUGGAGGAACAAAAAAAGCAGCAACAUUCACCUCGGCAGCUGACCCCAGAGGGCAGCUCCGUUGCUGGGGAAUGUUUCAAUGACAUCACGGAAAAUACAAUCAGCUCAUUAUCGAUGGCACCUUCUGAUCCACGUCAAUUCUUUCCCUUCCCAUCAACUCGUAAAGAAAAAUUUCCGCUUUCUGCUUCUAUGUUCAGACAUUUAAUUUUAUCAUUCUACAAGGAUGCAAGUAGCUGCAACCCACUCAAGCGUCAAUCACGUCGUAAGGUCACACUUUUAGACAAGAAUUGUCAAAUGGCUUUAGCAGAAACUGAACGCUAUCAACUAUCUCGACAAGAUGCAUCUGUUAAUCACGUUCGAAGUCCUUUGGGAAGGUUACCAGUUUUUCCAGUUUUUUCUUGCUCUUACUUGGCUUGA